AUGUCGUCUCACUUAUUUAAGGCAACGGUUAAUGAAUACCUAGAAGGACUCCCGAAAACUGUCCAAUCCAAACUAUAUGAAGCACCAGCUACGUGUUUAUCGAUAUUCCGAUUGCUUUCUCCAAUGGCCAAAUUCUAUAUCAUGUCAAUGAUAUUCAAUGAGAAACCAAUUGCAUUAAGAGACUUGGAUAAAUGGUGUAAACCACUGGCGAGGAAAUUGGAAUUCGAAGCAUUAAAGAGAUUGGAAUCUUUGCAUUUGAUAGAAUAUGAUAGCAAAGGCUCUCAUAUCAGAUUGCAUUCUAUUUUCAGGAAAAACUUUCGUGAUUGUUUGACAGGGUCACAAAACCCAAAUGCAUUUGGAAGUAUAAGCACCACUGUGGAUAAACAUAAAGUCGAUAUACCAUUUCUAGAUUUGUUUGCGUCACAGAAAUGGGAGACCAUUUUGCAUUUUAUGGUGGGGACCGAAUCAACAGCAACUCCUUCUGAUUCGGUUUUAAGUCUACUUAAAUUGGGUGGAUUAAUGGAGGGCCCCAAUAAUGAUUUAAGAAUCACAAAUAGUGGGUUUCAGUUUUUGUUACAAGAUGUCAAUGCACAAAUUUGGACAUUGUUAUUACAAUAUUUGAAUUUAACCCAGGAGUUGAAUAUGGAUCCGGUUGAUGUGUUGAAUUUUAUAUUUAUAUUGGGGUCAUUGGAAUUGGGUAAAAGUUAUUCUGUAUCAAGUUUGAGUGAGACCCAAGUGAGUAUGUUGGCAGAUUUAAAGGAUUACGGGUUGGUUUAUCAGCGGUCAGAUACUUCUGGUAGAUUUUACCCAACAAGAUUGGCAACUACAUUAACUUCUGAUUCGGCAGCAUUGAAGACACCAUCGAUGGCGAUGGAUGAGGAAGAACAACAAGUUGUAAGCAAGGAAUCGAUUAUCAUAGAGACAAAUUUCAAGAUUUAUGCAUACACAAAAUCGCCAUUAGAAAUAGCCAUUCUAAAUUUGUUUGUACAUUUUAAAACCAGAUUUGCCAAUAUGGUAUGUGGUCAAAUCACAAGAGAGUCUAUAAGAAACGCUCUAUAUAAUGGUAUAACUGCAGAUCAGAUUAUCAAGUUCUUGGAAACCCAUGCACAUCCCCAAAUGAGAAUAUUAGCCAAAGAGAAAUUGGAUAAGAAAAUUGAGUUUGAUACCAGUCACAAUAUCAAUACUGCUGGUGGUGCUCCUCAAAGUAAAACCGAUGGGAUGAUUUCACAACAUAAGUUGGAAAUACUCCCUCCUAAUGUUGUCGAUCAAAUCAAACUAUGGCAGUUAGAAUUAGAUAGAAUUCAAACGUUUGAUGGAUAUUUGUUCAAAGAUUUUUCUAACCAGCAAGAAUAUGAUAUACUAUCCAAUUAUGCUUCUGAACUAGGGGUAUUGAUUUGGGCCGAUAAGGUGAAGAAGAAGUUCUUUGUCACUAAGGAGGGUAUGACCCAAGUUGCAGAUUUUGCAAACAGAAAGUUGAAACGUUGA